AAAUACAUUACGUCAUGGCCUCUGUUGAUCAGACAUAAUUUACAUUCAUCAAAAGACGCCACUUCUCCAAAAAGCGUAAACAAGAAUAUAAACCGCGAAAUUACUCAUAUAUUACAUCUGAUGCCAAAAAAUUGUUUCUCUAGCUCUUUCUAUUUCAGAGCUACAAAAUCCAUGAUGUAAGCCAUAAAGUAUAAAUUUAACAUAGGCCGCUAACAAGGCUGGGAUCAAGUAUUCUUCAGCUAAAACAAUCCUCUUUGCACACCGGAAAUAAUACAAAUAAGAAUUGAUUAGAGAUAAAUUGGCUGCAGUAUUAUUUUUUUAAAUAUAGAAUUCCAUACAAACUAAGUGUUGUGGAUAUAAACUUAAAUAAUCUAAUCAAGCAGAUCCUAUUUAGGUAAUAACCAGAGUUGGUAUGUGACCCU